AUGAUUAACAACGAUCCAGAAUGCCAGCCAGGGAACACCCCACGCCCCAUUUCCAAGCAUUUGAUACCUUAUUAUCGCCAGGUGCUAGAUCAGGGUGCAGUCACACAAAGUGUUUUGGACUAUCAGUACCCUGGAUCAGGGACGAAAGCCGACCCUUUUGUUGUAUCCUGGAUUCCUGAUGACCCUCGCAAUCCAAUGCUCUUCAGUCUGCCAAAGAAAGUGGUGAUUACUAUCAUUGUUUCAACUGCGACCUUGGUAGUGGCCGUUGGAUCAUCGGCCUAUUCGGGUGCCGUUGAUCAAGUCAUGGAUUACUUUGAUAUUGGGACGGAAGUUGCCACUCUAGGCAUGUCUCUCUACGUUCUUGGUUUCGCACUGGGACCCAUGGUUUGGGCUCCUGUCAGCGAGUUUGCUGGAAGACAAUACCCAUUCUUUAUCUCCUUGGGCGGCAUGGCUGCAUUUUUUGCGGGUUGUGCUGGUUCGACGAAUAUUCAGACGUUGAUGAUCCUUCGUUUUUUUGCUGGCGCAUUCGGAUCAUCGCCUUUGACCAACGCCGGUGGUGUGAUCAGUGAUAUGUUCCCAGCUAGACAGCGAGGGCUGGCUCUCAGUCUUUUUGCGGCCGCCCCCUUCAUGGGACCUGCUAUUGGCCCAUCCAUUGGCGGAUUCAUGGGAAUGAAUGUCGGCUGGAGAUGGGUUGAAGGGUUUCUGGCUGCUUUUGCGGGGCUUAUAUGGAUUGUUACAGCACUUUUUGUACCGGAAACUUACGCUCCAAUCCUACUACGGCGGCGGGCGGCUCGAUUAACGCAGCUGACUGGAAACGUCUAUCAAACAAAGUUCGAUAUCGCGGAAGAAAAUGUGUCAAUCGCCCAUAUGUUUGGUACUUCCCUACUGCGCCCGUGGAUCCUUUUGUUUCGAGAACCGAUUGUUCUUAUCUUCUCGAUAUAUAUUGCCAUUAUUUACGGCGCACUUUUCAUGAUGUUCGCUGCUUUUCCAAUCGUAUACCAGCAGCUGAGAGGAUGGAAUGAAGGUGUCGGUGGACUUGCUUUUAUGGGAAUUUUGGUCGGCAUGAUUAUUGGUAUCUUCUACACGAUCCCCGAUAACAUGCGAUAUUUACGGACUGUGGAUCGACACGGUGGUCUUGCUCCCCCAGAAUCACGCCUCCCACCGGUAGUCGUCGCGUCUGUUUGCAUUCCCAUUGGGCUAUUCUGGUUUGCCUGGACCAACUCUCCCUCGGUUCAUUGGAUGGCCAGUAUUGCUGCCGGUGCUCCAUUUGGAUUUGGACUCAUCUUGGUUUACCUGGGAAUCAUGAGCUAUUUGAUCGAUUCCUACACCAUAUUCGCCGCUUCCGUGUUGGCUGCCAAUGCCGUUUUGCGGUCAAUUUUCGGUGCAGUGUUCCCUUUGUUUACAACAUACAUGUAUAAUGGCUUGGGUAUUCACUGGGCCUCAUCCAUCCCUGCUUUUCUCACUGUUCUCUGCAUGCCAUUUCCGCUGAUUUUCUACAAAUUCGGAAAAUCUAUUCGGAGCCGCUGCAAAUAUGCUGCGCUGUCUGAGGAGUACAUACAAAGGGUUCACAACAAUGCGAAAUCUGAGGCGCCUGAGGCGACUGCCGAAAAAUGA